AUGACUCCCCAACUCCCCCUCUUUGUACGUCACUGAUCUUAGUCUUACAAAUGCACAUUUGCAAGUUUAUUUAUUAUUAUUAUUAUUAUAUUAUAGACCGUGAUUGUUCGCAGCAGUAAUGUUCUAUGAAAAAUUGUCUCUGUAACCAUAUUCUGUAGUGAGUUUAGCAAAUAAUUAAUUUAGACAUAAUUUUGUAAAAUUUAAAAUUAUCAUUAUUUUUUGUUAUAGCUGUUGGAAAAUAAUGUAACUAGUCGAGCAUUGCCCAUUGAGUAUGUUAGUGGCUCGAAUGAGAAAUGUUAUUCACUGGAUUCUAUUCCAAAUUGAAAGAAAUAGUAAGUAAUCAUCACAUUAAUUUGAAAAAGAAAAAUGUUAACUAUCAAUUUACAUCCAUAAAUAAAUUUGUUUACAACUAUAUUAUAAGCAUUAGUAAUUGUUUUUCUAUGAAAUGCGUUAUUUUUUCAAUAUUCAUUUAGUACUAUAUUGAUUUAAAAUAAAUUCAUCAAUUUUAUUAUGUAAUGUGUAAUGAUGCAUAAAAAUGAAAAAAAUAUAUUAACCAGUUAUUAAAGACAACUAUUGUAAUAUUGUAAAAGAACCAAAAUUGUUUAUUUGAUAAAUUUCUACUAAAAAAUAUUAAAUAAUUUGUAUACAUAUAUAUAAUUAUAAAAAUCAAUCUAGUUUAUUUAUAUUAUUAUCAAAUUGUAAAUCAUUAUUUAUUAAAUUUAAUAAUAAACAAUAUUUUGUACUGUUUUUUUAAUUUUGUAUUUUAGCUGUUGGGAAGUUAUUUAACCAGUUAAAAUUCCUCAGAGCAUGUGAACUGCUUGAAUGA